CGAUUUUCAAGAAGUAAAGACUUUAAAACAAAAUAAAAUGGGACUUCCAACACUUAAUAAGUUUUGUUUUUGCUGUUCUUUGGAAACCGGUGGCAUCAUCGUUGGAUGGAUUAAUGCUUUUUUUGGAUUUAUUGGCAUUUUGAGUGGUAUUACAUUGGUUUUCCUUGGAUCUACAGCCAUUAUGUUUCCAGCAAAUAUUGAUGUAUUUUGGAGUGGAGUAUCAUUUCUCAUCGUAGGAUCCAUAUUUAUUUUAUUCUACCUUAUCUACUUUAUUGCCGGAAUAUCAUUGAUAUCAGCUGUUAAAAAUCGUGACCACUACCGAAUGAAACUCAUAAUGAUUCUAAUGGGAAUAGGAGUGAUUGUAUCAUUCAUAUCCGUAAUUACCUCAUUGUAUGGAGGAUUAGGCGGAGCUAUAUUUUAUUCAAUCAUUACAUGUUACUUCUUUUUGUGCAUUUAUUCACUUUAUGUUAAACUUAAAGAUGAAGGUCGUAGUGGUACAGUUGAGUUUCAACCAGUUCCAUAUUCAUAAAAAAGAAACUAUAUAGACUCUACUCACAUGUUGUGAAUAAAAUGAAUAUGUGUGUGACUUCAUCAUAUUUAAGCUUAAUAAUGAUAACAAAAUUUUUAUCGUAAAG